CACAUGAAUUCAUAAAGGGUGUUUAACAUUUGACAAUUUUGUAGCCGAUCCGAUAAACGGGAACGACCGUCCAAGUUCAGACGAAAGGACAACCAUGGCGUCUGCUACUUCCGGCACCACAUUAAAUGCUUUACUGUUGCCUUGCUCAACAGUGGGGAGAUUAGGGCGUACAUUAGCAACGACAUCUGGGAGGAAGUCCUUCUCACUUUUAUCUCUCUCCCCGGAGCUGGUGUAUCGCUGUGGGCGGCGAUGGAAGAAUGUGACCGCAGCAAGAAAACUUAUAGUUCGUGCCGCGAGAACCGAAUCUAAGGGCGUUUCUCUUGGUUCCAGAGCUCCUAAUUUUGAGCUGGAGGAGCCGCUCACAGGGAAUAUGUGGACAUUAGAGGACUUCGAAUCUUAUCCGGCAUUACUGGUUAUGUUCAUUUGCAAUCAUUGUCCAUUUGUUAAGCACUUGAAAAAGGACAUUGUGAAGCUUACAGACUUCUAUACAAAGAAAGGACUCGGAGUGGUUGCAAUAUCAUCAAACUCCGAAAUUACUCACCCACAGGAUGGACCAAUUUUCAUGGCAGAGGAUGCGAGACUUUUUAAUUAUUCAUUCCCAUACCUUUAUGAUCGUACACAAGAUGUUGCAAGAGACUAUGGCGCUGUUUGCACCCCGGAGUUUUACUUAUUUAAAAAGGAUGGCCGUCGACCCUUUGAACUAGUAUAUCAUGGUCAGUUUGACGACUCCCGGCCAAGCAACAAUGUUCCUGUCACAGGGAGGGACUUGAGCUUGGCAAUUGACCGUGUUCUUAGUGGUCAACCGAUACCACCAAAUCAGAAACCGAGUGUUGGAUGUAGCAUAAAGUGGCAUCCUGCGGGAAAAGUAUAAAUGGAAAUGUGGUUCAUGCUUCCUCAUCGACUUACUAUUUAUAAGGAGCUUUGAAAAGCUAUACCUACCCAAGUGUUUGAGGGUUUCAAGUCCCGUGGUGGAUGAAAGGUGUAGGUUUAGGAGUACGAUUAAAUGAGUAUGUAAGUUAACCGUUCUAAAAAAAACCUUGUUUCACUUAUUUUUCUCUUCUUGGUCGAAUAAUCAACUUCUCUAUGUUUUUUGUGCAUUGGGCUAAGAGUAGGAGCCUAAGAAUGAUCUUAACAUGUCAAAAGUUGCAAUCUAGAAAAAAUUGUCUAGUGCUACUAAUCAUCAAAACUAAUAAUAGAAAGAAUUGUUUGUCAUAUGUUCGAUAUAACAAAUGUCACAUAAAAGAUAAUGGCCGAGAAUGGUCAUGAUGUUGAACAAUCUUGUAGUUGCCAUUAGACUUGCAACAUUAGUGUCUCAGAACGGUUUGGUUUGUUUUUAGAUCUUCGUGGGAGUGAUCUCGCAAUGGUCCAAACUUGGUCUUCUUUCAGACUGUUGGUGGAUUGUCAUUAUUUUUUGGAACGACGAUAUUUUAUUAAGAAAAACUAGCAAGGAGCUAGGAAAACACAAAUACAACUACAUAUUAGAAGAAGCUAAAGCGGGUUAUGCAACCAAUUAAUCCACGAAAAGCUACCAACAAUGUCAUAAAAAAUAAGUGAAAUCCUAGAAUCACGAUGUCGGG